AUUCGAACUUUAUUCUUGUUCAGAAUUCAACUAUAAUUCAAAAUGUCUGGUCGCGGUAAAGGAGGAAAAGGUCUAGGAAAAGGAGGCGCCAAGCGUCAUCGUAAGAUCCUUCGGGACAACAUCCAGGGUAUCACCAAGCCCGCUAUUCGUCGUCUUGCUCGUCGUGGUGGAGUCAAGAGAAUCUCUGGUCUGAUCUACGAAGAGACCCGUGGUGUCCUCAAGGUUUUCCUUGAGAAUGUCAUCCGUGAUGCCGUCACCUACACCGAGCACGCCAAGAGAAAGACCGUCACAGCCAUGGACGUUGUCUACGCUCUAAAACGCCAAGGACGUACCCUGUACGGAUUUGGUGGUUAGAUGAGUUAACCAACUCGUUUACAACAAAACAACGGCUCUUUUAGGAGCCACCACAUGAUAAAAAGGUUUUGAUCAAAUGCUUCCCAAAUGACUAAACCAUAUAUACACAAUAAAGAAUAUUAAUAUACCAUUUAUUCAUCCCUAAUAAAUAUAUUAUAACGAUAUCAUAAUCUUUAUAUAAAAUGUCAAAAAGUAGUUCUCAAUUUUUUCGCAUGAUAAUAAGUAUUAACUAAAUAAGUAUCAAAUACAGUAGAUCAUAAGUUUAGCUCCAAUUUUAUUUAUAUUUAUUCCAUAUUUAUUUCAAGAUCUCAGAACCAGCACUUUUAAUCUAUAGAAGAAAAAAUUAGGUUUUGUUUAUGAGAAGUACAGUUAAUAGAUAUUUAAUUAUAAGAUACCACAGAUGUGAAAAAUUGGAGGCAUCCCUAUUAAAAGUUCGAGUUUAGCAA